AUGGCACCUCCCGAAUCCCCUGCUACGGCCCCAAAAGUCUGUUAUAAAUACGUAUGGGCCGAGUUCGUGGCCCAGUGGAAGCUCGAAAACGACUACAAAGCAUCGAAGGCCGGCUAUUCCAAGCUUGCACACAAUAGAGAGUUGAAGCCAGAAGCUGCGACUAUCUCGGGAUUGGCCGAGACCCUCAAGCCGGUCACUGGUGGCGGCGUCAUUCCCGAGAAGCCAGGAUAUUUCAACGUCGGUAUCAUCGGCGCUGGAGUAGCAGGACUGUUUACAGCUUUAGCCAUUGACUGGAUUAACGACACCAUCGCAAAAGAGAAGGGAUCUGACCACCUUCACAUCACCUACGAGAUCCUGGAGGCUUCAAAGGAGGUCGGCGGCAGGCUCUACACCCACCACUUCAACAAGGAUGUUCUCCACGAUUACUAUGACGUCGGAGCCAUGCGUUUCCCUAGGAAUGCAAUCAUGGACAGAACCUUCAGCCUUUUCGAGAUGCUGGGCAUCAAAGAGGGUAAAUUGGGCGAUCGCACGCAUGUCAACGAUCCUCCACGACUGAUCAAGUACUAUCUGCGCGAUGAUAAGAAUAAAUGCCCAACGCUCUUCAACAACGUUCGCAAGGUCGGCAACCCAUAUCCGAAGGAUUCGACAGAGACGGAUCCUUUUGCACUCAAUGUGGGCAUUGCCCCAGACAAGCAGAUUCCAGAAAACCUCCUGAAAACCAGCCCAGGCGACCUCUUUGAGAAAGCAAUUGGAGGUUUCAUCAAAUACAUCAAGAAGUAUCUCGAUGAGUACAUUGAUAAGAAGAAACCAAUGUCUCGUGCAGCCGAGGAGAAGCUCUGGAAGAUUCUGAUGAAAUGUGAUAAGAUGAGUGUUCGUCAAUUCUUGCGAACGAACGGGCCAAUCCUUGACCUCGCCGAAGACGGUGAAAAAAUCCCCCACGGCGCAAACAUGAGCUACAACACCAUUCAGUGGUUGGAGACUGCCACUUAUGGCACUGGAUGGUACGACCAAAGCCUGACCGAGGCUGUCCUGGAGAGUAUCGACUUUUACAUCACCGACGAUGAAACAAAGAUCAAAGAGACCAACGACCAUUGGUUUUGCAUCGACGGUGGCGCUCAAAAAAUUGCUGAAGAGAUGCGCAAGAAGAUGAAGAACCAAUCGGCUAUCAGGUUCAAUACCCAGGUUGUGGGAAUGAAUGCUAACUUGCAAAUCAACGAGCAAGUGACCACGUCCAUGACCGUGAUGCUCAAGGACAGUAUCAGCCGUAACUCACUGCCUUCAAGAGACUACUUCACGGUUUUCAGUUCGGCAACGUUAGGAUCGAUGAACCGAAUGGACCUCUCCAAGGCUGGUCUGCUCUGGGAUACCAAGCAAGCCAUUCGCUGCCUGGGAUAUGGCGCUUCCUGCAAGGUCGGCAUAAAGUUCAAGACCCCGUGGUGGCAGGAGGCGCCGUACGACAUCGACCAAGGCGGCCUUGCCCGUACGGAUCUGGCUCCACAGGUCUGCGUGUACCCUUCCUACAAUAUCAAUAAGGAGGUCGACCCACGAGACAAGCCUGCUGUUCUCCUUGUCUCCUACACCUGGGGACAGACAGCCCAGCGCCUAGCUAGUCUGAUUGCAUCGAAGCCGCGCGGCGAGCUUGACGCGGCAACUAACGAGCGCAUCCUCAAAGAAGAGGCCGAGCUGAAGGAAGUCAUGCUUCGAGAUCUCGCCUUCCUCCACACUGACGACCACAACGACACGAAAAAACUCGCUGCCACCCUGAAGAUGCUCAAUGAGCAGUACGUUGAGCACCACGCUUACGACUGGUACCAUGAUCCCCAAAUGGCUGGAGCAUUUGCCUACUUCGGCCCUAGCCAGUUCAGUGAGCUGUACCCGGCCAUCACCAAGCCGAACGCAGGUGGUCAGCUAUACUUUGUCGGCGAAGCAGCUUCUGCGCACCACGCUUGGGUUGUUGGGGCGCUCGAGAGUGUUGUACGCGCACUUUACCUGAUGUUUGAUGCUCUGCACCAGGGCAGUAGGAACGACCCCAAGAUGAAGGACACAUACGAGGCAUACAAAUGGGCCAUGGACCUUCUCGAGUUCGGUUACAUCAAGGAACAUCCAGCAGAGGGGGAGAAGUCUGCGGCCCCGACGGCAACUCCAACUCCAACUCCUUUGCCAUUCUUCCCGUUGCCUGCAGAGAUGCCUCGGUACCGGAGAAAUUUCAAGAAUAUGAACUUUGAGGAGCCUGACAACUCUGGCGACAGGGGCGGUUUCAAGGUUGCUGAAUCUGCAGCGGCUCCGCAAACGCCUCAUGACCUUUUGGUGAGUGAGAGUGCCCGGGCCGACGCCUUUUCUCAAGCUCCUGCGGGAAAGAGCGUGGAGGUGGCCAGUUCUCCAACAAGACAGGAAUUCUCAGACCACCCUGCUGUGAUCGGCACUGGAGAGGUGAAACUCACUUAUGGCGCCGCACUUGUUGCUCUGAGUACGGUCGAGUCGGCUAUAUUGACUUUGGCCGAACUAACGGGAGAGGAAUUGAAGGAUCAGUUACAGAAGAUAUCGCAUGAGACGGCAUCUACGUAA